AUGUCUCGGUUCGAUCGUGCUAACCACUGGUGUGGAGAUUCCAGACUACACCUCGGACCUGCCACAUCAUUGUCCACGUUAGCGGGCCACAUAUAUAAGUGUGAUAGCAACGGUUCUUGUGUCCAGCAAGCUUAUGCAAGCACUGUCGAGGAGGUGGUACGUGCUUAUAAGACCAUAUUUCCCUUUGAUAUUGGAAACAAUGCCGAGAGCUCCAAGAGGAUGCCUACAGGCAGCGAGAUGGGUUUUGUUUGGAUCGAUCUCCAUGGUGUGCCCCCACCUCCUCACCAUACUACCAAUGACAGUGAUAAGGGCAAAACUAUGAAUCAUCUUUGGGAAGCUUUGCAGCUUAAUCAAAAGCAUCGAGUAAGGCUUCAGGAGGAGAUAAGGCAAGAGUAUCAACGGCGAACGACAAUGUUUGGGAAAAAGGAGGUGGAUACUGCGAAUGCCUUUCCCUAUGCGAUACCUGUAACACAUCCUAAUAACGAAGGGGAUGGUACCACUCACACUAUUGAGGAGGGACAACUUACACUACCGCCGGACUUCGAGUGCUUCUGUAUGGGAUACGGUUCCGAGGAUCGCUUCGAGGCCCUAGAUGAUGCCGACACUAUACAUUUAUUUGCAAAACCGACCCCUAUCAAUUGUCAGGGGGGAAACAAGGAGGAGUGUUAUGCAGUGUUGCGUGUGAUGACGCUGUUGGAGCAUACUGUGCAUCAUAUUCCGCAAAUGGGGGAGCAGAUUCCCCCUCCUUAUCUGAUAUCUGAGUAUGACACACAGGUCAUGUUCCAUAAAAUUUCCUAUCCCUCAAAUGCUUUCCAUGAUAAUCCAUUUAUUAGACCGUGCUGUCACACUGUACCUACUCUACGCAACACUCACCACAACCCGAAGUUCCUGAGACUGACGCUUUUCAUGUUCCAGAGAGAAGUAACAGGGAUGAGGAAAUUAUGA